GAUUCCGCGCUUGGUUCGGAUGCCGGUAGCUCGACAGCCUCGAUUACGUCUAGUAUCUUGCAGUAUCGAGAGAUUCACGGCCGGAGAUUUCAUGGCGAGACAGGCAACUCCAACGACGAGGCGGCAAGCGAAUCCCUAGACAUGAAUCAUCACGUUCUUUCUAUGGCCUUGGGAGACAAACUCUUCAUGGCUCCGUUGAAGAAGGAAGAUGUCAAAAAAGCUCUAGAUAUAGGCACCGGUACAGGGAUAUGGGCUAUUGAUUUCGCCGACGAAUAUCCCGACGCUCAGGUAAUUGGCACGGAUAUUUCACCCAUUCAGCCAACAUGGGUUCCCCCCAACCUGCAGUUCGAGAUUGAAGACUGCACGCAAGAAUGGACGUUCCGUAACGAAGACUUUGACUACGUCCACAUGCGCUGGCUUCUCGGCAGUAUCCAGGAUUGGGACGCUCUCCUACAACAAGCAUACCGCGUCUUAAAGCCUGGGGGCUGGGUUGAAAGCCUAGAGACUUCAGCCAUCGUGAGGAGUGACGACGGCACUGUCACAGAGACGUCUGCCUUGGGCCAAUGGGGAAAGUUCUUCCUUAAUGGUGGCAAGAAGAUUGGAAGAUCAUUCACGGUGAUUGAGGACGAGACGCAAAGAAAAUCAAUUGAGGCGGCUGGCUUUGUCGACAUUCAGGAAUUCAAUUUCAAGAUGCCGAUAGGAGGUUGGCCCAAGGAUCCCAAACUGAAGGAACUCGGACAAUUCGCCCAGAUGGUCCUCGAGAGAGAUAUUGAAGGCUACAUCGUCUUCAUGGCUAAUACUCUUGGCUGGACGCGGGAAGAAAUUCUGGUUUACAUUGGCAUGCUGCGACGGGAAGUCCGAUCAAAGAACUUCCAUGCAUAUUACAAUCAAAAGGUGGUCUGGGCGAGAAAACCGCUGGAUGGAGAGACAAAAUGA